CCUCCUCUCCGUGUCUGUGGGCGGAGGAACAGAACAGGAGGAGGUGUGUCGGUCUCCUCUUCACGGAAGAGUCCAGAGGAGGGAGUCCUCCGCGUCCUACAGGCAGAAGGACAAACCGGGACCCGAGGGGACACGUCCAGCAGGACAGGCGGUGUUUUGGACAGGAAUGGGACCGGAGCGCUCCUGAAACCGCAGCGGAGGAGCAGAGGACCGGCGGAGGGAGGAGGACCGACACCAUGGCCCACGUUGGCAACGGAGCUGCCGGGGAGGAGGAGGACUGCUUUGAGGACGCGUACGACCGCAUACCUUCGGCAUGUCGCAUGGACCUGCAGACUGCCAUCCAGGAGACCCAGUGUGCUCUCAACCUGGUCCUCAACAACAAGUUCUCCCAGGCCCUGGACCUACUCAAACCAUGGUGGAAGGACAGUAUGUACCAUGCGCUGGGUUACAGCAGCAUCCUGGUGAUGCAGGCGACCAUGACCUUCGAGCACAAAGACAUCCAGUCUGCCAUGACAGCCAUCAAGGAGGCGUUACAGACCUGUCAGAGAUUCAGAAAGAGGAACUCGAUGGUUGGAUCGUUGUCCAGUCUGAUCAGUAAGCAGUCCAACUUGCAGGAAGAGGAGAUGCACGCAGAGCUCUGCUACGCCGAAUGUCUCCUGCAGAAAGCAACGCUGACGUUUAUACAGGAUGAGAACAUGAUCAGUUUUAUAAAAGGUGGCAUCAAGAUUCGAACAAGCUACCAAAUCUACAAGGACUGUCGGAAUGUGCUGAACAUCACUCCAGACCGGGCGGGGCAGUCCAACUCAUUCCAACAGUUUGAGGGCGGAGUCAAGCUGGGAAUCGGCUCUUUUAAUUUGAUGCUGUCUCUCCUCCCUCAGAGGAUUUUGAGGUUGUUGGAGUUUAUUGGAUUCUCAGGAAACAGGGGUUUUGGUUUAUCUCAGCUGAGAGAGGGGGCGUCGAGCCAAAGUUUACGUUCGAUCCUCUGCGUUCUGACCCUGCUCUUCUACAACACUUACGUUUCGUUGAUCCUGGGAACCGGAGAGGGGAACCUGCUGGAGGCUGAAACUUUGCUGGAGCCAUACCAGCAAAAAUACCCCAAAGGUUCUAUUAUUCUCUUCUACUCGGCUCGCAUUUCAACUCUCCGUGGAAACUUUGAGAAGGCUCGGGCCCGCUACGAGGAGUGCAUCAGCAGCCAGCAGGAGUGGAAGCAGAUCCACCACCUGUGUUUCUGGGAGCUCAUGUGGACCCACUCCUUCCAGCAGGAGUGGCAGCAGGCCUACCGCUACGCUGACCUGCUGUGCAAAGAGAGCCGCUGGUCCAAGGCCAUCUACGUGUACCAGAAGGCAGCCAUCCUCAGCAUGAUGUCCGAGGAAGACGUGAGGAAAACCGGGGAGGACCUCGUGGAGCUCUUCAGGCAGGUGGAGGGACUAAAACAGCGCCUUGCAGGGAAGUCCAUCCCCAUGGAGAAGUUUGCAGUGAGGAAGUCCAGGCGCUACAAAGCUGCUGAUCCCAUCCCUUUGGUCAUCCCUGCACUGGAGAUGAUGUACGUUUGGAACGGCUUCACCAUCGUGGGGAAAAGGUCCGACCACACCGAGUCUCUGCUGGUUACUAUAGAGAAAGCUGAGCAGCAGCUCCGCAGUGACCCCAAUCCGUCAGAGUUCCAUCCAGAUGACAGCAGUCUGGUCCAGAUGUUGAAGGGCCUGUGCCUGAAACACCUGGGCAGGUUACUGCAGGCCGAGCUGUGCUUCACACAGGUCCUGUCCAGUGAGAGUCGGAUCCGAUUCGACCACUACCUGAUCCCCUUCACGCUCUACGAGCUCGGUCUGCUCCACAAGCAGCAGGGGGACUUGAGCAGGGCCGCCGCCUGCAUCGAGAACGCCAAGACGAACUACAAGGACUACUCCAUGGAGUCCAGACUGCACUUCAGGAUCCACGCGGCGCUCAGCAGCCUGAAAGGAUCUCCUGUCAGCACGCCGUGAUCCUCAGAGACCAGAACCGGCUCAGCAGCGCGUGUCGGUGCGUCGGGUUCAGGAGCACGGGUUUACCACAGGAGUCUUUAGUCAGUAGUUCAUUCCUUUAGCAGCUCAGGAGGAUUCUUCUUUUGUUACAGAUGGUUUGGAGCUCAGCGCUGAUCUGCUCCAGUUGUUUGGGACAAUCCAGAAGUUAAAGAACUUAUUCUCUGAAGGAGACGGGAUAAAACUGUGUUUGCUUUAUUUAUUUUGUUUUUCAAGAAACAAGUCAGCCGUCAAACCAAACGAAGGAUCCAUUAAGUGGCUAAACAGAUGAGUUGGUUCUUUUUGGGUUUUCAGUUUUUCUCUGCGUGAACGUGAAGCAACAACUCGGAGCCUUACGCUGAAGCAGAUCGUAAUAAAAGCACAGAAUCAAAACACUGAAAUAUUUCAGCUGGAGUUGUGGCGACACUUAAAUCUUUGAUAAACGAGCGUUCGGGAACAUUUACUUAUUUUAUCUUUAUAUUUAGUUUGCCUUUUUAAUUUCCUACAGAUGCAUGAUGCAACGCUGUGCACGACGCUGUGCACGACGCUGUGCACAAACGGUCUGCAGCCUUCUCACCAGUCGUGGCUUAAACUCAGUUAAACACACUCAUUCCAAGCUCACACACACGCUCUUGUGCACGUUGAACGAGAUUAGAAAUGGCUCUGUUGCACAUUUUACGGCGUCUGGAAGAACUCGUGCUGUCCGUACCUCAGUCGGCGAGCAGGCGUCCAUGUUGAGAAGCCAGGUGGACCCGUUCUUUGAUUCUCAGGCACAGCUGGCAGCAGAGCGUUUGCAUGCAUAUUACAAAAUGUAAACCUGGAGAUACACAGGGCUCUAUGCUCGGCACACUAUUCAAAUUUAAUCUUUAUUUGCAUUAAAAAAUGCCUGUGGCUGCGUGAAGUUUGGGUUUUUGUAUAUUUGGUAGAGGUGACCUCUCAGCAGCACAAAGGCCUCUCAUUCACAGUAAAAAUAAUAAAAUGUGUAUUUAUAAAGCCCUGAAACUGAAGCAUCUUAGCCGAUUGCAAAAUACAGAGUUAGUCUUGGCUAAAACGUCUUUAAACUUGGUUAAAUGCAGUCUGCUGACUGUUAGGCUAGUUGUUGGUAUGCUCUUGGUAAAUUGGCGCAUUAGCAGCGUUUGCUCAACCAGAGAAGGUUUGGGUCACAAGUUCCUACUGCUGUUCUUCACUGGUCAUGCAUGGAAACGUUGGUGGACCAAAGCUUUAGAUCAUCUUUACUGCAGUCAUGAAAGAUGAUUUCCUGCUCGCUUGUCUUGUAAAUAAGAAAAAGAUCAAAUUAUAAUCCAGCAGGAUUUACAGCUCUUCUGAAGGUUCCUGGUCCAGUUUGGAAGGUGAACAUUGAUCGUGCAGUUUGAGAGCACUGCUAAGAUCAAGUUUUUUCUUGCAGUGUAGAUCACCAACUGAAUGAAUCAAUUACUUCAUGAAAGUCUGUAUUUUAGACAAAGCUCCAUGUGAGUGGUCUUCCAUGUCGGGCAGCAGCUGGUCUUUCUUUAGGACGUGAUGAAAGGUCGGGGCUUGUGUUGCCAGCUUGUUUCAGGAGGUCAACCAUGAAAUGGUGCAGCUUCCAAAUGAAGAAACAAACAUGACAUCUUGUGCAGAGCAAAAAGCCUGCGCUGACACUCGCUGCUGAUGUUUUCCACCGAAGCAGCUCUGCCUGUGAGAAACGUUUGCACAGAUGAAACGACCUCGUGGCUUCUCAACCCUCUGCAAGGACUGAGGCUCAUCUUAACCAAGAUGUUCUUAUUUUUCUACAACUCUGGCAACGAACAAAGAACGGUGCCUUUUUGUUGCUUUUGUUAUAUUGAGACAAGUCCGUAAAUGGACUGUAAAAUGUUGAGAUCAGAAGCAGAUUUAUGAUUAAUUAUAAAAUAAGCACAAAGUAUCUUCUCUAAACUGGGAUGAUGAAGAGUUGUUGAAUAAGUGAGCAGUGGUUGGCAGGAACCAGGAAGUGAUGGAGAUGCAGAGCGAGACCGUUGUUCUCCGUCCUGUCAGCAUUUAUUCACCUGAAGACCGAAUCCUUCGUGUGUUUGUGCCUGUCCCCUAAAAGUUUGUCUGUCUCUGUGAGGUCUGCAGUUUUAUCUUGUGAACAACAACGAAAACAUGAAUCAGAACCACAGAGUCCAGAGAAGCCCGCUAGAGUUCUGGCAGUGGAAGCACGAGUUGUAGCUCAUGUUGCUGAAAAACUGCAAAACGCAGAUUGUGAGCCGCUGCCAUCAAAGGCAGGCAGCCACGGAAACACAUCUGUCGGUGUUGCCUGUUAGCAAAAUAUCUCAAGAAGCAGUUCAAGGAUUUUAAUGAAACUCUAAGUAAUCCUUGGAUGUGCAGCUGAACAUCAACAGCAGAUAUUUGAGCUGCAGCUCAGUGUGGUAGUAGCUAAGAGUCGUCUCCAUCCCGUACUCUGAGGGACAGCAGAAGGGCCAGAUGUUUGGAAGGCAGCGAGCGACGUGCGUUCCUUUAAGAGAUGCUACCUUCACACAAACUUGGACUUCUUUACGUUUUAAAACGUUUGGACGACAACAAACAAAAUCAUUUCCAGCAGCAAAAUAAGACGGACGAAAGAACGUGUCCAUAAUGUUCACGAAUAAUUAAAGAACAAAACGUGUUCUUUAACCCCAAACCAGCUGAGGAGCUCCAGCUGUCAUGACCACAA